CGAGAGAGAGCGAGAGAGAGAGGGAGAGAGAGAGAGACAUACAGGGAGAGGGAGGGAGGAUGUUGACGCCUAUAGGGUAGAGAUCGGAAAAUAUACAAUAGGUGAAGGACACCAAAAAAAACGAUGAGAAAGGGUGAGAACAAAGCAUGACAGUGACUGAGUGAAAGAGAUAAAAAAGAGAGAGCGGAGAAGAGAGAGAGGGAGAAAAAGAGGGAUUUUGACGUUUCAAAGCCUUCCCCUAUCACAGUGUCUGACACGUUACAUACACGGAGCCCUGUCGCCUCGGACCUGACAGCUGCACAAAUUGGCUGAAAGAGGUUCCCUGGGCAAGGCCUUUGAUCAGGUGUGUGUGUGCGUGUGUGUGUGUGUGUGUGUGUGUGUGUGUGUGUGUGUGUGUGUGUGUGUGUGUGUGUCUAUCUGAUGUGUUUGUGCAUGUUUACGUGUGUGGGUGUGUGUAUGUGUGUGUGUAUGUGUGUGUGCGUACUGCGUACGUGCUUGUCUGACCCUCUGCGUUGUGUGUGUCUGAUUGUGUGUGUGUGGUUGUGGUUGUGUGUGUGUGGGUGUGUGUCAUGUCUAUGUAGGUGUGUGUGCGUGUCUGCGCCUCUGAUAGUGUGUGUGUGUCUGGCUGUUUCAUGUGUGCACGUGUCUGUGUGUGGGUGUCUGCACGUCUGUUUGUGUGUGUGUCUACAUGUGUAUCUCGUACAACCUCUUCACUAUGCAAGCUCAUGCCGGAAUAAAACAUAAAUUAUUCCAGCGGGCUUCAAAUGUUGAUAGUAAACAACAUUUUGAAUCAAGGUUAUGCAUUACCACUCGUGAUUCUCAGCCAUGCAUCCGAAGCAGCCUCGUUGAACACCACAGAGGUACGGACUGUGGGCCUGUACCCAGAGACCUCAGCAAAAUAACAAUCAGUCAACCGGCAUUUGCCGUCCUCAAUAUCUGUCAGAUGACUGGCACAAAAUACGAAAGACAAAAAACUAACAUUGGCAUGUCUAUGGGCGGCAUGUGGCUCAGGAGGUAGAGCGUGUUGGCUGGUAACCGGAAGGUGGCUAGUUCGAUCUCCGGCUCCGGAGUGUCGAAGUGUCCCUGAGCAAGGCCUUUCACCCUUACUGCUCCUGAUGAUCUGGCUGUUUUACAUGGCUGACUCUGCCGUCGGUAUGUGAAUGUUCGCAUGAACGGGUGAAUGUGAGGGAGUAUUGUAAAGCGCUUUGAGUGGCCACUGGUUCGAAAAGCGCUGUAUAAAUGCAGUCCAUUUUCCAUUUACUCUGUCAUUAUUGUUUUCAGACGAAAAAUCCUCAGAGCAAAAAGUGGGUGAAUCGGAAUAUGAUUUGCGAUUUAGAAAGAUUUGAAUACAGAGGAGUGUGUGAAAAGGUAUUUGUCUAUCCCUCCUCUGACGUCAUCGCUGAACGACUUCACAGUGUUUUGUGUGCACCGGAUGAAAUGGCGGCCGAUGGCACUGGAAUCUUAUCAUCUCCUUUUACUAGACGCUCUCCUUUGAGCUGCGGAUGACAAGCUGGCACUGCUUUCUGCAUCACCUAAUGCUGCGUGUUAGUGCCUCGUUAGUUUCUUUAUUAGCAAGCGCUGCCUCUGUGGCCUGAUCACUCUCUUUGUGGCUUUGAGUGUGUGUGUGUGUGUGUGUGUGUGUGUGUGUGUGUGUGUGUGUGUGUGUGUGUGUGUGUGUGUGUGUGUGUGUGUGUGUGUGUGUGCGCGUGUUUGUGUGUGUGCAUGAGUGUGUGUGUGUGUGUGUGUGUGUGUGUGUGUGUGUGUGUGUGUGUGUGUGUGUGUGUGUGUGUGUCUUGACUUGUGCAUGUGUGUGAGUGUGCAAGUCUGUAUGUGUAUGUGUGUUUCCUGCCCUAUGUAUGAGUGUGUGUGUGUGUCUGUGUGUUUCUUAACUUGUGCAUGUGUGAGGGCAUGUGUGUGUGUGUCUGGGGGUGUCGGUAAUUGCGAGCCGGCUGGGGGAAGUACAGGUAAUAGAUUAAUAUCAGAGCUAGCACUGGUCCCGCAUUGCUGUGUGCUGACAGCCUAUCAUUAUCACAAACACUGCUUCACAGGCAGCCACACACUCCCUCCCAUCGUCCGCACACAUUCAUUCACAAACCCACAAACAAGCACAUGCAAGUAUUCAAAUCAUCGUCUACACACACAUAAAAACAGCUUCCUCUGUUUUCGCUUUCCUGUUUUUCUCAUGAACCGUCACAAACAAAAACCUGUCUCCCCUCCCCUACCUCUUCUGGUGUCAGGAUUUCGCUGUUCCAGAAUGUUCCCCCUCUUGCCCCCUCUUGCCGCCCCCCGCUCCUCCUAGCCUACAAUCUCCAUCCUCUGCUUCUUGUAGGACACGUUCUCCGUGCCGCCCCUCAAACACAGAAUCAUCAUCAAGGGCGUGAACUUGGGUUCGCCGUUCGUUGAACCCAAGCUCACGCCCCCUGAUUCCCUGCACUCUCACAAGUAGUGACGCGGCUAACACACUGCUAACGAUUGACGUGUCACCGGCCCCCGGAGUUCGAUAUAAAACGACCGUGUCAAAGCAAAGCCCCCGGUCCUCUCUGGAGCAGGCCCUGCCUAGCGGUGCUUCUAGUGGGGGGUGUUUUGACGUGUGCGAGUGGCAUGAAAACACAAGGCUGUGGUUUGGGCGGUUUUUGUCUUCCGACUAAUGUUUUGUACACUCGUUUUUAUUUUGUACUAGUGUACAAAGCAAAAACAGAGGGCAUUCAAGCUGCUGGCUCGAUGACGUCGUUAUCGUCAUCGUCAUCAUCCUGUGUUCUUAUUUCGGACCCUUUACGAACUUUAUAUUUAUCUUGACAUGAGUAGAAAUACCUGACUGCUUUUGGUCGAGGUGAAGCAUCACACGCAACACAUCCUUAUUGACCCCUCUCUCUCUCUCCCCCCUCUCUCGUUCCAGCAGUCCUAUGCUCCCCCCCCUGUGCCCAUGGCGCCGCCCAGCCCUGGCACCACGGGCCUGGGAGGGGGCCAUGGCGGCGGUCCGGCGGAGCAGCUCAGCAAGACCAACCUGUACAUCCGAGGGCUGCCGCCGGCCACCUCCGACCAGGACCUCAUCAAGCUCUGCCAGCCCUACGGGAAAAUCGUGUCAACAAAGGCCAUCUUGGAUAAGAACACGAAUCAGUGCAAAGGCUACGGCUUCGUGGACUUUGACAGCCCUGCGGCGGCCCAGAAGGCCGUAGCUUCCCUGAAAGCCAGCGGGGUUCAGGCGCAGAUGGCCAAGCAACAGGAGCAGGACCCCACCAACCUGUACAUCUCCAACCUGCCCGUGUCCAUGGACGAGCAGGAGCUGGAGAACAUGCUGAAGCCCUUCGGCCACGUCAUCUCCACUCGCAUCCUGAGGGACGCCAACGGCCAGAGCAGAGGCGUGGGGUUCGCCCGAAUGGAGUCGACAGAGAAGUGUGAUGUGGUGAUUCAAAAUUUCAACGGAAAGUUCCUCAAAACACCACCAGGCAUGACAGGUAAAUGUUGUCCUCGCUUUCACUUUUCUAUCUAUUUUCUUCUUUUGUCUCGCUUUCUGCUCACCCCACAACCACACAGGGUGGAUGCGGUGAUCUUACGAGACGUUAUGUUAAUUAAGCCAAACCAACCCCGGCUUUUGAGUGGAUUCACACAUUUAAACGAUUGCGCUGAAGGGAUUGCGUGUUCAAAUGUGUUUCCUGAAAAAUUUGAUCGGACACAGGCUAACACAUGCGCUAACCACAAGCUACACGCUAAUAUGCUCAUGUUGUUUUGUUCUCCCCAUAGGUUCUACUCCUCGCCGUACAGCAUCUCUACCAAUCGGAUGAUCGCACAGACAUCCAUCACACCCUUCAUCGCUGCCUCUCCUGUUUCCACGUAUCAGGUGCAGAGCACAUCCUGGAUGCCUCACCAGCAGUAUGUCAUGCAACCAACUGGUGCUGUGAUCGCCCCAUCGGCCGCCCUUGACUCCAGUCUGUCCCUGCAGCCCUCCAGCCUCAUGGCACCCCUCACCCAGCAGAUGAACCACCUCUCCAUGGGUACCUCCGGCACCUACAUGACGGCCGCAGCUGCUGCUCCUAUGCAAGGAACCUACAUCCCCCAGUACACUGCCGUGCCCGCCACCGCCAUCUCCGUUGAGGGCAUGGUGACGGACGCCUCUCCGCAGACAGCGCCCCAGUCCUCGCAGGACGGCGGUGGGCAGCAGGCGCUGGCGGUGGACGGCGGAGGGGAGCACGCGGCCUACGCCUACCAACAGACCAAGUAAACCGAAGGCCAGUAGGAACCCCCAACACAGCAUUGCCGUGAGAGAAGGACUCUGCUUCGGUUACAGAGCAGAAAACUAACAUGAAAGACGGACAGACAACACUAUGGGACGGAAUGCUUCCACUUUGCACAGUCAUCGAAGAAAAAUACAAAUAAAGAUCUAUGAAUAAAUAAAAACAAAAAAAAUACAAAUAAAACCCAUCCAUGGGACACUGAACUCUGAGGACAAAACAUCAUGAAAAUUAAAGAUUUUUUGGGGCUCUGGGGUGUUGUGCAACUUUUGUUUUCUCAAUUUGAGACCCGACUUGACCUCCGACGGGGGACAGGAAAUGGGAGGGAACAGACUGACAAGCUGUACAGGAAGUAAAAAAAAAAAGCUAACAUUUGAAUGUGCAGGUAGAUUCAGACUUUUUUUUAAAUUACAAAACAGUCGAGUAAAGUCUAGAGAGAAAAAAAAAGUCUUCCUUUGAUAUUCAGCUACAUCAUUUACACCUUUUUGGGGGGUUAUUUGUUGUUUUAUAGAAUCUAAAUGUUAAAUCUUUAUUGCCUUAAUUUUCGUGGAAUUGGGGACAGGGGAAAAAAGUCAAACUGGUUGAAAUUUGUUCAAAACCAGAAAGAAAGAGUUAAGCCACAGAGGUGAAAAACAAAACUGUACAGGAAAAGGCUCUAUUUGUAUGAGGCAAAGUAAAAAAAAUAUGUUGUACAGUACACUAUGAGAGCUCGGAUAGACAUGUCAGGGGAGACUCCUGCCUCAGUGAAAUGCAGCUCAGCUGGUUUGAUCAUCGCAUUGGUGUUUUUAUAGUUUUACUUUUGAAUGGGGCAGUAAAAAUGGUUUCAAAACGAGUGGAUAUGUCCGAGGGCAAUCCUUGUAGGGGAACAGUCAAACAAGAUAUAUGUGACGUGUUUUAUACCAAAGAUCAAGGAAAAACACUUUUUUGGUCGAUUUCUUUUCAGCCAGCGAAACGUGAGAUUGUCAAUGACUCCCACAUGACAACAAGACCAGAUAUAGUCAUGUUAUUGGCAUGUUUUAUGUUUUGAAUGGCGACAGAGAACGCCCCUCACGUAACGAUGGGCUUCAACCAGAUGUAUAUCGUACCGUACCAACAUAGACACCCCAUGCUGUGCUGCUGCGCCCACCCGGCGACGUUUCCUUGGUAACGUUAUACCAUAGCCUCGUGUCCGGGUGGCCAAACGAACCACAGGUGCUCUUCAGCAAGAAACGUGUUUCUUUUGAAUCUAUCGGGGUGGGGUGGAAAAAACAAAGCGAGCUUCUUUCAAAUUGAUGUGCUUAAUCCAGAACUGUGUGACUGCCUACCCACUGACACCACUUACUGUUGACCGACUGAUCGUAGGCCACGCCCCCUGAUCGGUAUGUCCCAUGGCGGGAACACACCAGCAUAGAGGCCACUGUAGAAGUGGACCGUCCAUGUGUCCCUCCAGACAGGCGCUCUAUACGCACUAAAGAGAACAGGCCCCAUGUCAAAACGUAAAGCACGGUUUUACCCUGUGAGCAAUUACUGAAAUUAAUAUAUUAUUAAAUGGCAUAUGUAUGUGGCGUAUGUAUUUGAGUAUAAAAGUCGAAGUUCAAUUGAUUUUGUUUGAAGUCACAAAUUCUGCCUCUCAAAAUGCAGAUUUAGCAGAGCAGCACAUCUGAAUUAUUGGAUCUCUUGUAUACGUCUUGACAAUUUCACACCAUCAGAUACGCCCUGUCCUCCUAAUUUCAUUGGAAGCUGCCUGCAAGAGAUUCUCUUCAAAUAUCUUGUUUUGCCCCCUUUAUUAUUAUUUUUUUUUUACGGCAUUGUCUUCUGUGUGGUGUAUCAAAAUCAAGGAUAGGCAGAAAAACGUAUUUUUAUCUUUGUUUCGCUUCUUCUCUCUUCCUUUCCUUCAGAAUUUCUUUCUUUAGUUGUUUUUACUGUUGUCCACGCUGCUAUUAACGUGAUUCAGUCUAGGGAGGCCGAUAGCUGAGGGGUGUGAGAGCUGUUUCACAUAGAAGGAUUCCCCCAUCGCUUACACACACACACACACACAAAUGCUUAGGUGAUGUCUCUUCAGAAAUAUGGAAAUUGCACACAAAAGCUAACACAUUGUUUGACCGUUACCUCUCGUGUAAAGCAUGGUCCGUGUACAUUGAUUCAUGAAUGCCAUGUUUGUAUAUCAUCACAUACACCAUGUGUGUGUACAUGUACAUGGCUGGCUGUGGGGUGGUGACAUGACGUAACAUCCCUACCUGAAGGUUCAAGUGGUCUAGGGCUUGUCUUUUGUGCAGUUGAAACAGAGUCCUGAUUGUCUGCUCGGCCACGCCCACAUCGGGACCCUCCCACCUGUCCCAUUGGCCCUCAAAUGACAGGAAAGGUAUCACAAGAAAAAUGGAAUGCAUAACACAGUUCAACCAAAAUCAUGCAGGAGCAGUGGAACUCUUCUGGGGGAUAAAUUAUUGACUGAUAAGGAAAGGUAAACAAGUUAAAGAUAAGCUGGGGGGAAAAAGGUAGAGGAGUAUUUAUGAGAACCUUUUGUACAGCUCUUAAAAAAAAAAGUUGCCACAGAAAUACUUUGAUGAUAUUUUUUUAUUUGCUUCGGUCAUAUGCCUCCCAUGUCUUUCAAAUUGUGAUUCUGAGAGUGUCUGUAGAACAAGUGGAUGUUGCUGUAGUUUGUUUGUCACUUGUUUCUUUUUUUUUUAAGUCUUUCAAUAAAAAAAGGUUUAAAAGCA